GCCAUUCCAUGGGCCUCCCUUUCAUAGUUACGUGAUGAAGGGGAUAACAAUUACCGUGGUCUCGGGCGCGCCAGGCCCUUCGAGGACGGGAUCACACUGGCACACCUCCUGCGAGCGGAACAAACCAACUGACGUUCUCCUCCAAGACUCGAGUGUCUCCUUUGGGCUGCCCACCAAAAUGACAAAAGGUGGUGAAAAAGGCUCUAGAGAUAGACUUGUCGCCCAGUUGUCUGCCCCCCCUUUAGUCUAUCAUCCUUUUGGCGAUCAACUCUUUUGGGUCGAUCGGGUUGCUCGUCCUUUUGCGGAUAACCUACUGCGAGCGCCAUUUCUUAUAUUCGUGCUCUUGGUUUGUCUCCGGUCCCCUGUCCUUCGUGCUCAAAAAGACUGCGUGUGUCUAUCUUGCUUUCAAGGCAUAAAUAUAGCCUUUUGGCCUUUAAAGUUCCCCCCCUCUCGCUUUGCAUCUUUGGCGUGUCUCGCCACAAACUUUAUCAAAUACCGGCGAAUCUUUACCUAAAUACGAUGGAUAGCAUUACGACAGAACAUCCCAUAAAGUACGAAGAUAUUCCCUACGGCCUCGACCACCACACCGAGGCUUGGGAGCAGUACUUUCAACUUCCCCCUCCCACCUACAGUCAGGAAUCAUCCGCACCGUCGAGUCAAGAAGGGAAGAAGCGCACGCGACGCGUUCUUAAUCCGCAGCAGCAGCAAAUCCUAGAAGACCUGUUCAUUCAUAUCCCGAACCCUGACACGAAGCUGCGUGCAACCCUCGCCGCCCAGCUUAAUCUUCCUGCGCGCAAUAUUCAAGUCUGGUUUCAAAACCGGAGAGCCAAAUACCGGCGUCAUACACUUGCCACCGAGGCUGACGAAAAAGAGUUUGCACAGAUUGCCUCGGGCGAAGAUACGGCAGCAUCUGCCACAGAGAGCAUGGAUGAGAAAUCCUCCGUUUCCCCACCUCUAUCGGCAAAAGGUCGUCGCAGUCGCCGUGCUGCCUCUCGGCCGUACCAAACUGGUACGAGAGCAGGCGCAAAAUCCGGCAAGGGGACCAAAACGAUUCCGUACCCUAGUCCCAACAUGUGUGAUGCUUUCACGUAUGGUGUGUCUGGUGCCUUAAUGUCAUGCCAUCCGCUUCACUAUGACCGUCCUUCCGUGCUUGGCGUCGGCACUCCCACCGCCGAUUGUGAGUGCAUUCAGUAUGACCCGUAUGUAGCAAUGAGCCCAAUAGAUGAUACAGGAUUUUUGCCCCAGGCGGCUUGCCUCUCUUCCUACUACAUGCAGUACGGCUAUAUUCCUGAUAGCCCACCUCUGGACAGCAUCUCGCCUUUGCCAUUAGAGGAGAGCGAAGCCAUCCAAAUGGGGGACAAUAUUGUCGCAUUGACAACCAGUCCACAGAUGGAAACAGUCCAUACGGCAAAUGGCGUAGAGAUGCAAGAUUCUGAAGUGGAUAAUGUUCACCUUUCCGACCAGCAUUCAAGAUCAAGAUCACCCGUUUGUCCUCCAUCUGAGGACGGUAGCGCUGCUGCCGCCUCCCAACGGGCCGAAUCGAUGGUGCCAAUGUUCAGUCAAGAUUCUGCAUUAUGCGACUCCCCUAGUGCCGAGCAGUCUUCCGUCGACCCUGACGCGUACCUCCAAGCAAUCUACGGAAACAUGUCCGCACACGGCCAUUAUGACUGCCCGUCUAUCUACCACAGCCCUGGUUAUUUUAUCGCCCCACAACCCAGUAAUGCCGCCGCGCCACCUUGCGUCCUCACACGAUCCCAAAGUUUCCACGAGUACGCUAACCCGGACAUGCACCGACCCGCCGCACUUCGGCGGAGACACUCGAUAGCCACGUUUGAUCCUAGCGUUUCCACGUCAUGGCCCGGGGUGGAUAUGAGCGCCUUGGACUUUGUCGAUCCCAGCAUGCCGCUUGCAUACUACCCGUAUCUAUAAAACGGCAUACAUGCGUGUUUGUCUCUCAAUGUACAUAGAACGUCGCUCUACGAAAGCAGCAUUUACAAGCGACAAAGUAUUACCGCCCACUAGAAGAAGAUUACAUUCUCGAGACGGUCGCUCAGUUUUGUAGAAGUCCAGUAAUGUGUUUUUUACUCUCUCCUUUUUUUUAUUCCCCCCCUUCUCCCUUAUUUAUGAGUGGUGGAGUGAAUUAUUUGUAAAUACUGUCGUGAACUACGAAUGACGGUUUGGAAAAAGUCUAGAUUCGUAGCCUCUUAGUUUUAGGGCUCCUUUAGUCCAUCAAAGGUCACUGUUGACCUGAGACGUAUGGUAUAGGAAGUGUUGUCGUCAAAUAGUUCUACUUUUACGUUGCUUUUUAUAAAUACAAUUUGGUUUCAAUGUA